CUCCCCCUCCCCCCUCCCCCUCCCCUCCCCUCCCCCGGGCCCCGCGCCCCCCCCCCCCCCGCCCCCCCCAUGGACAUGCUGGACCCGGGUCUGGACCCCGCUGCCUCGGCCACCGCUGCUGCUGCCGCCGCCGCCGCCAGCCACGAGAAGGGACCCGAAGCGGAGGAGGGCGUCGAGCUCCAGGACACCGGGGAAGGGCCCGGGGCCGAGGAGCAGACCGCGGUGGCCAUCGCCAGCGUCCAGCAGGGGGCGUUCGGGGAGCCCAACAUCCAGUACCAGUUCCGCACAGAGAAUAAUGGAGGACAGGUAACAUACAGAGUGGUCCAGGUGACGGACGGCCAGCUGGACGGCCAGGGAGACACCACGGGCGCCGUCAGCGUGGUGUCCACAGCCGCCUUCACCGGGGGGCAGCAGGCUGUGGCUCAGGCUGUGAUCCAGAACCCUUUCAGCAAUGGGGGCAGCCCUGCAGCAGAGGCCGUCAGUGGGGAGGCCCGCUUUGCCUACUUCCCCGCAUCCAGUGUGGGGGAUGCCACAGCUGUGUCCGUGCAGACCACAGACCAGAGCCUUCAGGCGGGAGGCCAGUUUUAUGUGAUGAUGACACCACAGGACGUGCUGCAGACGGGAACACAGAGGACGAUUGCUCCUCGGACCCAUCCUUAUUCUCCGAAAAUGGACGGGACGAGAACCCCCCGAGAUGAGAGGAGAAGAGCCCAGCACAAUGAAGUGGAGAGGAGGCGGAGGGACAAGAUCAACAACUGGAUCGUUCAGCUCUCCAAAAUCAUUCCCGACUGUAACACGGACAACAGCAAGACAGGAGCGAGUAAAGGGGGGAUCCUGUCCAAAGCCUGCGACUAUAUCCGUGAGCUGCGCCAGACCAACCAGCGGAUGCAGGAGACCUUUAAGGAAGCUGAGAGGUUGCAGAUGGACAAUGAGCUCUUGAGGCAGCAGAUAGAGGAACUCAAGAAUGAAAACGCGUUGCUCCGAGCCCAGCUGCAGCAACACAGCGGCCUGGAGAUUGUCGGGGAGGCGACCCGGCAGUAAUGCCCCUCCCUUUGGUCUUCGAGGGAGGGCUCUGACCCCCAACCCUUAGCACAGAGAGGGAGAGAGUCUGCCCCCUCCCCCAGCUGCAUUUUUUAUAGUAGAUUUUUAACAAAAAUGGGGAGAAAAAAGCAUUUCCAUGAAUACAUCACCCCCCCCAAACAACAGAAAGAACCCCACCGACGUGUCCACCUUCGCCCAUCUCUGUCUGUUUUCUCUGACUCUCUCCCUUUUCCCCACCUUUCCCCCAACUUCGAUUCAGUCAUGACGCCUCAUGGCUCCCUCCCGGGCUUCCCUUUCCUGCCUUCACUUUGGUGGAAUGGGGCAGGACACAAGGAGAGAGGUUGCUUUCUCCUUCCUGGGCCUGUUCUGCCAGCCCCCCCCUUUUCCCUGGAGGUACAGAGACAGCUGCUAGGAAGGGGGGAAGCCUUGGGUGGGGCCACCCCAUGGCUCGGGGUUCUUUGGACUUGGGGCUCCAGCCUCCCGCCUCCGCAGCUCACUUCCCGACACCCUUACCCCUUCUUUGGGUGUGUGUGUGUGUUUUAAUUUCUUUAUGAAAAAAAAAAAGACAAAAAAAAGAGAAGAAGAGAAAGGUAUUUAAACUGCAAUAAACUGGCCUGUGCGGCCCCCGCCUCAA